CGACAAAAUGGCGGCGCUGCGGGCCAUUCGAGGGAUGGUGAACGGAGCCGUGUCCGAGCUGAGCGGCGGAGGGGCGGCGCGGGAGCAAGCGGCGGCCGUCACCCGCGACUACAUCUCCCAGCCUCGCCUCACAUAUAAAACAGUGUCUGGAGUAAAUGGGCCACUGGUAAUUUUGGAUCAAGUGAAGUUUCCUAGGUAUGCAGAGAUUGUUCAUUUGACGCUACCAGAUGGAACAAAGAGAAGUGGACAAGUGCUAGAAGUCAGUGGAUCCAAAGCUGUUGUUCAGGUUUUUGAGGGAACUUCAGGAAUUGAUGCUAAGAGAACCUCUUGUGAAUUUACUGGGGAUAUCCUUCGAACCCCGGUAUCUGAAGAUAUGCUUGGGCGCGUGUUUAAUGGAUCAGGAAAACCCAUAGACAGGGGCCCUAUGGUAUUAGCUGAAGAAUACCUCGAUAUCAUGGGUCAACCAAUCAACCCUCAGUGUCGAAUCUACCCAGAAGAAAUGAUUCAGACUGGGAUUUCUGCAAUAGAUGGCAUGAACAGUAUUGCCAGAGGUCAGAAAAUUCCCAUUUUCUCAGCUGCUGGGUUGCCCCAUAAUGAGAUAGCAGCUCAGAUCUGUCGCCAGGCAGGUUUGGUGAAGAAAUCCAAGGACGUGGUGGACUAUAGCGAAGAGAAUUUUGCCAUUGUGUUUGCUGCUAUGGGCGUAAACAUGGAAACCGCUCGGUUCUUCAAAUCUGACUUUGAGGAAAAUGGUUCCAUGGACAAUGUAUGUCUGUUCUUGAAUUUGGCCAAUGACCCAACUAUUGAGCGCAUCAUCACACCCCGUCUGGCUUUGACUACAGCAGAGUUCUUGGCUUAUCAGUGUGAGAAGCACGUAUUAGUCAUUCUGACAGAUAUGAGCUCCUAUGCAGAAGCUCUGAGAGAGGUCUCAGCAGCCAGGGAAGAGGUGCCAGGCCGGCGUGGCUUCCCUGGUUACAUGUACACAGAUCUGGCGACUAUCUAUGAACGAGCUGGACGGGUAGAAGGCAGGAAUGGAUCCAUUACUCAGAUCCCUAUUCUUACUAUGCCCAAUGAUGAUAUUACCCAUCCCAUCCCUGACUUGACGGGAUACAUCACUGAAGGCCAGAUCUACGUUGACAGGCAGCUCCACAACAGACAGAUUUACCCACCAAUCAAUGUCCUCCCCUCUUUGUCUCGAUUGAUGAAGUCUGCUAUUGGAGAAGGGAUGACUCGGAAGGAUCAUGCCGAUGUUUCAAACCAGCUGUAUGCCUGCUAUGCUAUUGGGAAGGAUGUCCAAGCCAUGAAGGCUGUUGUAGGGGAAGAAGCACUGACUUCAGAUGACCUUCUCUAUCUUGAAUUCCUGCAGAAGUUUGAAAGGAACUUCAUUGCUCAGGGGCCCUAUGAAAACCGCACAGUCUAUGAGACGUUGGACAUUGGCUGGCAGCUGCUACGUAUCUUCCCCAAGGAGAUGCUGAAGAGAAUCCCUCAGAACACACUGGCAGAGUUUUAUCCCCGAGACUCGACUGCAAAGCACUAGCCUAGCUGCACCUUGAGCUCCAUCAAACGCUGGGUUUUCUUCCCCUGUGUUGGUGUUUACUUGUCAUUCCUGUAAUUAAACCAAGAAUAAGUGAGAUAUAUGUUCCAGUGUUCCUGAUGUUUCAAGCUAAUAACAGAGUUUAAAAUAUGCAUCUACUCAAGCUCCCAAUUCUUAAGUAAUUUACAUUUAGAUAAAGGGGACAUGGUCUAUCUUCACAGCCCUUCAUUUGGUUUACUAAAAGAAUUUAUCUGUACGCAGUCUUGGGGGAAGGAAGCAGUUGGGGCUGCAAUGGACUGUUCACUGGACUGUGAAACAAAUAGAAAGUAUCAUGGAAGGUGUAGUUGAGCACACUGAGGAAAAUCUCUACUCCUUGGCCGGCCAUCCUUAGUUGUGCAAAACUUCAGCCACUUUGUGCUGUUGUGCAGAACAGGUGGCCCUCUACGCUGGUUUGCUGACAGAGAGAAAGAGGGAGAGACAUACAUGCAACAGAGCAGGAUGACUUCUAGUGGCACGCCCAACCCACACCUCAUUGCUCGCUUCGAUUACGGCUGCAAAAUCGCACGGCGAGGGCGCUGCCAUGUUUGCACACACUGGCGCUUGCCAUUUCAACCGGGACGUGAUUCCUACCUCUUCUGUGAACUGAGCAUGAGGACCACUGCUUGUUUGCACAGGCAUGCAUUUUGUGACGAAGACAUGACUGCAGAACGGGGACCUCCUGCGGCAUUUACACUUUCAAUCUGCAGGAGAGCUGAGGCUGGAGAACUCAGCCAGCUGAGUAGUUGUGCCUGCAAGUAAUGGAUCUCAGUCUUGAACAGUGUUAAUCUUCCUAAUGCUAUCACUUUCAGAACGGGUCAAUAUUUGAAUAAAGUUAGUUGGAAGGAUAUAAUUAUCCUAUAGCCUGGUCCCUUGAAGGCCAUACCAAGGAGUACUCUGGUUAAUUUAAUCAGAUGUUUACCAAGUGAAGUAGAAACGGUAAAGGCAAACACAACAUGUGAAGGGAUAUUUUAAAUUCUGUUAUUAAGCAUCCCUUUGGACGACACUGGAUUUGAACCAUGGCUAACCUCAGGUUUGUUUUUAAACCACCUUCCGGACACGAAAUUGGCUAGUCAUAUUCAGCUGCCCAAGAACUAGCUUGACGCUCAGUGUGUGUGUCAUCAGCAGUCAAAUGCUUGUAUGGAAUUGCAAAGCCCAGGAACAAAUAAGAUCUGUUUGUCUUUGCCUCGAUUUUGCUUUCUAGGCUUUUCCUUGGAGCCACUCCAGCUUCAGUGAUGAGGACUGAAAACUGUUGGCAACAUCCUAGACCACAACCAGGGGGUUGCUCAGAGAGUUUGUGGUGACUUGAGCUGCACAGAAGGCGCAGGUCCCAGAAUCUCCCCCACGCAGCCUUCUUAUGCUAUCUCCUAUGCAGAUCCUCCUUGUCCUGUUUUUUGGUCUGUGUGCUCUGUAACUUGGGUGCAGUAGUCUGUUCUUUAUUCUAGCACAUUCCAUCAAAGUUGUGACAAUUCUAUUUUUCUCUGGACAGUGGAGAGAGACCCAUGGGGAUGUGCGGGGAGAGAGAAGCAUGACAAUAUUUUAAUGUAGAAAACUGUGAGACCUGAAUAAUAAUAACUUAAAAUGUGGAAAAUAAAUGUUAAACAAACCGGG